AUGAAGAUUAGCAUAGAUCGGAAAUCGAAUCUUUCGAUACGCAUAUUGAUUAUAAUUGGUUUAGUAGUCCCCUAUCAUGCUGUUACGUUGAAUCAUGAUGUUAAAGGAUGGGCUACUACAUUAGGCGAAGAGAUGAUGGUAUUCACCGAAAAAAUUCUCUCACCUGGUAAAAUUCAACGAUUCUAUGAUGGAAUUGAUUAUCAACAAAAUUUAACAUCAGCUGUAGCAAUCGUUGAAGAUUUAAGGAGGCAGUUGAAUGCAAGUUUAGCAGAUAUCAUCAAGUUUGUUCAAUCAGCAAAAAGUAAUAUUGAAUCCGGUUACUCAUCCAAGCAAGCUCAAUCAUCGACCAGUUAUCAACUAUGCUGCAAUCCAAUUAAUUUAAGAUUUAAUAAAGAAUUAAAUGAUAAAAUCAAUUUAUCAUCGCCAUGCAUCACUUUUCCGGUGGAAACAACGCAGAGUUAUAUACCUAAUUCUUUAAAAUUGGCCUAUCGACAAAAUUUCGCCGACAAUUUAUCUGUUAAAUGGCAAUAUUUUGCUGGAGCGGAUAACAUUUUCUAUCAAUAUCCAACAACCCAAAGAUAUUGCAAAACGAAUUAUACCACUGAGACCAAAUUCAAGCAAUGGUAUGUUAAUGCUGCAUCACCAAGUUCCAAGCGCUUGGUAUUAGUGUUGGAUAGAAGUGGAUCAAUGUCUGGUGAUCGAUUUUUGAAAGUUAAGGAAGCAGCUACAGCUGUUCUAGACAGUCUUGGACCAAAUGAUGAGAUUGGAGUCAUUGCUUUUGACGAUGAAAUCAGAAUUCAUGGAGGUUGCAAAGUAACCACAGUUUCACCAGCAACACCACAGUCUAUAAUAUUUCUUAAAGAUUUCAUUAACAACAAAAUUCAACCAGAAUUUGGGAGUACUGGCUACGUACCAGCCUUGAAACAUGCCUUUGAUAUGUUGUCCACGAAUAUGACAUCUAAGGCUAAAACGAAAACCAACCUUAUUGUAUUUCUAACGGAUGGUCAUCCAGAUGAACCAGAGUCUCAGAUUUUGGAUGUUAUAAAGAACAGAAAUGAGGCCUUGGUAUGA